AUGUGGCCUUCGUUCCUCGAGGGCGCAGCUGCCUUGGCGCUCGCCGGCAGUGCUCUGGCCUUGGACACUGUGAGCAUGUGCAGCUGGUCUCAGUUCCGAGCGAACAUUAUCCAGGACACAAUCUAUCUGGAUGGAGGUUGGCAAUGGUGGCAAGUGGGACAGACGCUUAAAGAUGAUGGCAAUGUGGAAGGGUGGCUCUAUCACCUCAACCUGGGGCAAUCCUUUGACCAGACGACGAACCAAACCGCAUUGUUCCAAAGAACGUCCAAGACCGGCGGUCUCGCCAGCAACAACAUUGCGCCGAAUUACAUUGACGGCGUCAUGUUCGCAAAUGACUACGAGCUCAUUCUCUACGGGGGCCUUACGCGCUUGACCGAUAGCCAGGACCCUCCCGCGGCAAAUAUUGUCACUGCCUAUGAAGCAUACCAAUAUGGUCCCGAAAGAACAUCCUGGGAACCUGGUUUUAUCCAAAAAACCCUGCCCCAGAAUGUGACCCGUUACAUCACGAAUGGCGCUGGCGUCUCGGCGCCAAGCGAAAAUCUGGGAUUCUACUUCAGUGGGAUGCGGGGAGCAGAUUGGGGACUGAUUCAGGAAGGUGAUCAGUCCGCAAAUACCACGGCAAACACUCUCAUCACAGUGGAUAUGUCUGUGAUGAGGAACGAGACGUGGACCAAUGACACCCUGCCGGAUAACAUUCCUGGCAGAGCCAAUGCAGAGCUGGUCUGGCUACCCGUGUCAGAGUCAGGAGCUCUGGUCGCCAUCGGAGGAGUGAUCAACCCCGAGUCGCUGACGGUGACUCAAGGUUUGACAGAAUCUCAGGCCGCUGCCAGUAAGCGAAUCAGUCCGACUUUCAUGGAAACCGUGUCUAUCUAUGACGUGGCGAAUAAGCGAUGGUACCAACAAAACACCACGGGCGAUAUCCCCCCUCAAUUGACGCUUUUCUGCUCGGUGGUUGCCGAAGCUGAGGAUAGGAGUUCCUUUAACAUCUAUAUUUACGGGGGAUAUGAUGGAAUCAACGCCACGGAAAUCCCUUCUGACGACGUCUAUGUCCUGUCCAUCCCGUCAUUCACCUGGAUCAAAGUAUAUUCGGGGCAGCCUACGCAUGGUCGAACCGGGCACAAGUGUGUGAAGGUGUACCCGGAUCAAAUGUUCGUCCUCGGGGGCCAAUUUGCAGGAAACCCAGCCAUAUGCCUGGACGGUGGCAUUAUCCAAGUCUUCAAUCUGAAUACGCUCCGAUUUCAAGAUUCUUACAAUCCUCUAAACUGGAGCGCAUACGAAGUUCCGUCUCUGAUUACCUCUCAGAUUGGUGGAAAUGGCAAAGGUGGUGCUACCAAGACCUCUCCAUCUGCCUGGAACGACGACGGUCUUUCUUCUUUGUUUUCGACCAAGUACACCAAACCUAUUGCGACUUAUUAUCCAUACAAACCUCUGAAUUCAUCGACUCCGACUCCGACUGCAACGCCCACCAUAGUGCCUCAAAAAAAUGGUGGCGGAUUCCCCGGUUGGGCUGGUGCCAUCAUUGGAGUCCUGCUUGGCAUGCUCAUCCUCGUGUCGUUAAUCGCCGGCUUCCUGUUGUACCGACGACGACGCAAGGAUGGCUCGGGAUACGGAUCCAACUCGUCGGGCCGCCGGGCAUCGAUCCUGAACUGGCUGUACGCAACUCGUGCCAAGUCCUCCACAAAGACGGCCUCGGAACUUGGGGGCACUGAGAAAGACUUCCCUGGGACGGCAUCCUUGUCUUCGCGAGCUUUGUCACCUAUUUCUCGCGUUUCGGUCCCACGAGAAGCAGCUAGUACACCGGUUCAUGAGCUUGAGACGGCUCCCCAACUGCGAUACGAGCUCCCGACGGAGUACAAUACGCCUGCCAAUGAUGAUCGCCAUCGUCAUCGGCACACGCCCUCUGUUGAUAGUGUGCUCCAUGGGUCCUCCGAACAAACUCCCUCCGAGUCAGGAUACUCAGAAGCGAGUUCCCAACAGACACGAGCUGCCCAUCGCCAUCAAAACAGUGACAUAAGCAGUCCACUGUCUGAUAUUUCCGAACUCCCAGCGGAGGAAGCAAGGCACUCUCGUCAUAUCUCGGAUAUAUCUGGCGAUGGUACAAAUCCAGUGAAUGUCAUUCCAGAAGAGCAUCGAAACUGA